GCCAGUCACCUGUUCUGCUACCUGAGCUCAGGCCCUGGGGACGGAUGAAGGACAGCUAGCCUGCACUUAGCUGAGCACUCUACUCUUAUGAAAGAGGCAUAAGGAGCUACUGGGAGCCACAGAAAAAAAUCCCUGAAGGCUGUUUUUUUUUUUUUUUUUUUACCCCAGCUCAACUAAACCAGAGGCGUGAGUAAGAAAGUAAUGAACCGGGACAUAUCAAAAGUUAGUGAGGUCUAUAAAAGGGAGCCAUCGCUGUUACACUUCUACCCAAGGAUUUUAUUUUCAUUACUCUUGUAGCUUCCUUUUGAAGUCCUCUGUGAGCGACUUAAGCUCUGAGGUAAUUUGUGUAAACAUAUUGACUUGGUUUGAUGGAUUUUACUUUCCUCACUGAACCUCUGAGGGUUGAGAGGAGCUUCCACCGAAACUUGACAAAUGAUCAGUGUGGACAUCUCACUCCCUGACGACACGUUGUCCUCGCAGGUGAGAGCAGGACAGCUCAAACUGUGGCCUCUGCGGACGCAACUCGCUCUGUGGAGAGAAACAGCUGCUGCUUCAGAGUGCUUAAUAAGGACAUCAAUGCUUCGCUGCACAAGAAUGUCCAGUCAUCUGGAGUGAGGUGGGGGCAAGAGACAGAGGAGAGCUGGUGGGAAGGAAGUGAUCCUUUGGGGGAGUUUUGACCUGGUGUGGCAGGAAAAGAGGGAUUUUCUCCUUUCACUCAUCCAUUUACAAGGAGUGUUUUUAGCCAGCCUCUGACAUUAUUCAGCUACGCUAGAAUAAUCUGAAGAGCUUCAUCCUAACCACCAAUGAGGGUCUCGGACGUCCAGCUGGAUCCUGCUGUCUUCAUGUCAAACAGUCCAAGACAAGUCCGCUCACCAGCUAACGGAUUAUCAGUAGCAGAUCCAGGAGUGAUGAAGGUACAACUUGUUGGAUGCAAAACAAACUGUUCAGAGAAGGAACAAAAACAGGGAGUGACAGAUUCCUCAGGAACGAAACCGUCUUCCUCAGAGCUUUCCUACAGGGUGUGCAUCCAUCGUGAGAUGCCUCUGAGGUCUUGUAGCUCUGCCGUGUUUUUGGACAAGUCGCUUUGCAUUUCGCUCGCAGAACUUGCAGCAGGAACAAGAGGAGUUCAAGCACCUCUGCACAGGUCUGCCCUGACUUGUCAGCUCGGUGAGCAAUCUCUCUUUGGAUCCGCCGUAGAUAAGAAAACAGCCAAAACAAAGGAGGCGUACAGAAGAGGUAAUUUCAACAGGUGCAAUGGCCAAGAGCAGAGACCGGAUCACAGGGGGAGCCCUCUAUCAAAGCGCCGUGGAUUCAGGGCCAAUCAAAAGGCACCUGCUUGUGGCGCCAACAGUAAGGAUGAUGACUCAGAAAAGCAGCACCGCAGCACUUCUUUGGGAUUGUCAUUCAGAGAGCCAUCUGCCUCGAACACAAAGGCUGCAAAGCAGAAGGGGAAUGCAAAUAAGGCAGCCGUCUCUGCUUUGAGCAAUUUCAGGCACAUGCAGCACACGUUCACUUAUGGCCCAGUAGAUUCAGGGAGCAUGAUGAGCAAGCAAGGAGAAAGUCAAAAGACAGAUGAAGAACAAGAAGGUGGCAAAUCCACAGAACCUCAGAUAAUUUCCACUUGUCGUCACCGUUCACCACUGAAGAACGAUUCUGUGGGAGGCAUUCUUAAAACCCUGAGCCUGAAAGAGGCGUUAGAGCUUUUCAGACCAGACUUCAUCAGCCGAUCUCAGGGUCGGGUCAGACACUUGGAGCAGAAGGCCAGGAGAAGGAAAGCUCUGCAGGACUCAAAUUUAGCCCUGGGCCUAACAGAAGAACAAGGCAAGCAAAAGAGGCACUGCACUACACCCGACCCACUUAGUGAUAACCUUUUCAAGCCGAGAGAGCGCUCUAUAUCAGGCAGAGAGAUGCAGCUCAGGUCCAGACGGAUUUACAACAAGCUGCCGGAGGUGACAAAGAAAAAGGAGGAGGAGAAAAAACGGGCUAUAUCUCAAACCAACAGACUGCGAGCAGAGGUCUUCAAAAAGAAAGUUCUGGACCAGAUCCUGCAAAGAUGAACUCAACCCCAUCAGGCGCCACCUUCGUUUAAAAACACUGACUACAUAUGGGUGGUGUCUAUUGAAUGUCCAGUGUUUGUUGGCUCCUUUCCAUUGUUGCAAACGGUUAAACUUGAUUUUGUUUGUAUUGUUCCCAAAAUCUCUUGUAGCUGUUUGGUGGGGACUGGUUAUCCAGAUUUGAAAAUGUUUCAGAUUCAAAACCAUAAAAAUCUUAGAAAAAAGAAUUUAAACAGCCAUGGUGUGUAAAUUAAAAGUGUGCUGUCUAUCUCUAUCUCUAAAGUCAAACUGUUAAAACCUAGAGAGGACAAAAUAUGAGUGGCAUGUCUGAUAAGCAGCCGACUGCAGAUAGUUUGAACAUUUUUGCAUUAGUCUUUCUAUCAAUAUUUAAAAUCAUUCUAAAUAACCGAUAUAAGAAUCUAUUUAUAUAUAUUCUUUUAUUUUAGCACAAUUAGGAGCAAUUGUUGCUUCUUUGUUCUGCAUAAAAGCGUUCAGAUCAUGUUAUGCAUUUUAGUGUUAAAUCAUUAUAUUAAUGCUAUGAUGUAGCAAAAACAUGUAUUCAAGGUAAAGUAUUUCAUCGAUGAAACUUUUCUGGCAUCGUUUUGUGUCAACAACGUUCACAGAAUGAACUACCAAUGCCUGAUAGAAGUUUAGAUGAAGCAUAUUAUCUUAACCUUUCAAAUGUGAACGAUAAAUCGCUAGUAAAACCAUCUGCAAAUAACUCAGCUCAAUGUUUAAAAAUAAGUUUUCAUCAACAUUACGCUCUUCAUAGCUGUGCGAGCACAAGAAGACACAAUAAAAAGGGUAAAAGUUGGUUUUGACCUGAGCCACCUGACUUUGUCAGCGGGACAGCUUUGUCCUUGACGUGAGGGAGGCAGACCGUGUUUCAUCAUUGGCUUCACGUCUGUCUCAAGGCCUCUGCGAGCACCAGUCUGGAACGACGGCAUUUCAAGCCAAUCGAACUCGUGAGACACACAGGACAUGUGAAGAAAAAGGCCAUAUGUCACAGAGCUCCAAACCAAAGAUGACUAUGUUAUAGGAGAGGAGGAUCCUAAAGUGCAACCCGGGAGUUUGAUCGGCUUAUAGUCUGUAAGGGUGGCAGCAUUUUAAAAAAGUGGUCACUGGGACCUGGAGAAAGCUAUAAAACAAACACAUCAUAAACAUCUAAGGUGUGACGACAAACCUUUUGUGAACCUCAAAAACUACAACAGUAAAUAAAGCUGUGAUAU